CUCGACGCGAGUCCGAACCUAAUUUACUCUCGAGGUGCUUGCCUACCCCAACCAAGAAGUUGAUAAAGAAGCGUGUUCCACCUCGUUCUGCCCCGGUCGAAUCGCAUAAGGAUCCUUUGGUGCGGGUCGUUCGUGAGAAUGAGCAGUUGUCAGCAGAACGUGCGGAAUGGGCACAUUAUGCUGAACGCGGAUUCGGGAACAAGCGAAGCCGUUCCCUGAGCAUGCACCGAACCGGGAGCACCAUCCGAUCCUCGAACGCGGUACACGCUACUCCGCGACGCACUAACGCUCAAGAAAGCUCGGCGAACGUCGCCAGCGGUACCACGGAAGCAGGUACUGUCACUACGUCCUCCAAGUCAACCUCUCAGCAUGGGAGUUUUAAAUAUCUUGCAGCCGCCGCCUUUGGGCAUGCGCAUUCGCCUAGGGUGUCAAUUGACGGAUCAGCCGUUACGUCGCUGAGCCGGCAUUCCAGUGAGAAUAAGGGGAUCCGGCCCCGAUCUCGACUUGACAGUGCCAAAAGUGCGGUCCGGUCAAAUUUGGAUACAUUAGGGCACUCGCGGAAGAAUAGUAACCAGGCAGUCAUCGAGGCAAUUUCUGGUGUAUCGCUGAGUGCAAGCGCUGACGGUCAAACCUUCUGGUCGGAGCCCACAUUCGCUGAAAUAGUUGAUAUACGCCGUCACACUGGUGCCUUUGGGCCUCCCGAAGAAUCCAUUGGUGUUGCUCUUUCUACACCGCCUGUGACGCCAGAAGGGGCGCGAAGUUCCUCCCCGUCUCUCCCUAAUACCUCAUCUUCGAUUAUCAGGGCUGGGCCGCAUCCAUCCUCUCCGGUCUUGGCGGGGAGGUUUCCGGGUCAUUCUGAUAUAGCAAGCAGACAUAGGUUACCUCCGCAAGUUCAUGCUCACAAGCGAUCAAUUAGUACGGGGAAAGCAUCAUUUCCAUUUCCGGUCUCUCCAAAGUCGGAAGCUCCCUCAAUGUUGGAUUCGACCCCAACCAGUAUGUCAUCGCAUCCUUUCGCGGGUUCCAACUCGGAGACAGGAGAUAGACCAUCUUCGCAUCUUGUGCAAGAGUCAUUUGAGAGGGAAAUGAUGGAAGCCAAUCGAUCUCCCUGGGUCGAACGGACCGCUGACGUUGGGGCAGAGCUGCAGCAACUUUCGUCGCAACUUCUCAAAGAUGGACCACGGCACCCUACCGCCGGACCCAGUUCGUCAAUACCUUCACGCCAUCUUGGACAGCGACAAUUUGCAAGGGAAGGGGGUGCUCGUCGCUCUAUUUCCGUCCAAGAGAUCCUCUCGCCACUCGAAAGGACAAUCAGACACGAGCGGUCAAGGUCGCUGAGUGUCAGUACACCUCCUAUGGGUGGUCAUUCCGACAUCGAAAGCUCUUUCGGAUCCGCACUGCCGGAGCUUAUCAUAGGGGGAACGGAUGAUCUCGAAGAGUUUCGGGAUUUGUUCUAUCGACCUGACUCCGAGGUUCAUCCUUCACCGAAUGCGUUAAGCCACCGUCCCGAUAGUCCUAUUCACUUGGAUGUUACGACAGAAUGGAUUCAAGCCUCUUUCAAAGCUGAAUCGGGGGAAGGUGACGACCAGACGAAUCGGGACCAUCAUUCCGUGCUAGACCACCAAGAAAAAGUGUCCGACAGUGGAUCUAUGUACAUGGGUGAAGUAGGCACAUCACUUCCAAACAUUCAAGAUUCCAUACAAAGACACUCUAGCACCCCCGUUAUUGAACAGCCCAAAAGCUUUCCAGAGCUUGUUUUCACAAGUAAUAAUGACCAGGACGAUCAACUCGAGCCCACAAAUAUUCCUGUGUCUAUUUUCCGGCCAGAUAGUCUCUCCCUUCCUCCCUUAGCUGGCUAUGUAUCUUCUGGAUCAGAUGACGGAGGACUUGAAUUCCAUCCACGAGAGCGUGUCUCUCACAUAAUACGGGAUUUCCCCACCCCUCCUGAUGUCACCCCAGUAGCCGCUACUAUUCUUUCCUCGUAUUUCGCUGAGCCGUUAUCAGGGGCCCCCUCUUCGCCUGCACAUUCUUCCCAUCCUGACCUUAAACAUUAUGAUAUUUCAUAACUUUUUCACGUUCUUUGAUGUCUUGCUUGCUUUGCUUGAAAUUUUGUAGCUUUGUCACUUUUUUUUUCUGGGCUCCCUGCAAUUUUUUCGUAUUUUUGUUUGGUCUAUAAAAGUUCACUAUUUCCUCCGGCAUUCCGCCCGUUAGUUGCUUCACUUUGCUUUCGAAGAUUUUGCGUUUUGAUGGUAGAUUCAAUUGUUUCAUUAAAGUACCUUACUCUACAUAUCUCUUAAAUUUAGAUCGUGACAUUACAACAGUCUCACAUAACGAGUACAAAAGUAAUGAGUCUGGGCUCACAGUUUACUCAGCAUAAACGGUGAGCUGUGUGGAGCAAGUCAGUCAGGUGA